AUGAGAGUCGACGUGCCACAAUUUGUGGUACAGUUGCAGCACAUUUUCAUGGUGGAGUUUGGCUUUACUUGCAGAUUGUUCAUCUUCAUUAUACAAAUAUUACGGCAUGCCCGUGGAAAUGCCACAAAGGUGAUAUUUCUCAUAACUGAUGGAUAUUCCAAUGGAGGAGACCCAAGGCCCAUUGCAGCAUCCCUGCGUGAAUUUGGAGUGGAGAUCUUCACCUUCGGGAUAUGGCAGGGAAAUAUCCGAGAACUGAAUGACAUGGCGUCUCAUCCAAAAGAAGAUCACUGUUACCUUCUUCACAGUUUUACUGAGUUUGAAGCCCUGGCACGCAGGGCUCUUCAUGAAGACCUACCCUCUGGCAGCUACAUCCAAGAAGAUAUAUCGCAUUGUUCAUAUCUCUGUGAGGCAAGUGAAAACUGCUGUGACAUCAUGGCAAGCUGUAAAUGUGGCACUCACACCGGCCAGUUUGAGUGCAUCUGUGAGAAAGGAUACUAUGGGAAAGGACUGCAACAUGAAUGCACAGCUUGUCCACCAGGAACGUACAAGCCUGAAGGUUCUCCAGGUGGAAUCAGCACUUGCACAUCAUGUCCCGAUGAGAAUCAUACUUCUCCACCAGGAAGUACCUCCAUUGAGGACUGUACAUGCCGGGAGGGAUAUCGUGCUGUAGGACAAACCUGUGAAGUUGUUCACUGCCCUGAACUGAAGCCCCCUGAAAAUGGUUACUUUGUCCAGAAUGUCUGCAACAAUUACUUUAAUGCUGCCUGUGGGAUCCGAUGCACAGCAGGAUUUGAUCUUGUGGGAAGCAGCAUCCGGCUUUGUCAGCCAAAUGGCCAAUGGUCUGGAUCAGAAGCUACUUGCAGAGUUCGAACAUGUCCCAAGCUUCGGGCUCCUGAAAACGGACACAUUAAUUGUUCAACGACUGAUAUCUCCUAUAAGACAGUAUGUUUUGUGACCUGCAAUGAGGGCUAUGAAAUAGAAGGAAACACCAAACUCACCUGCCAGGGAACCUCACAGUGGGAUUCAAAGGAGCCAAAGUGUGUGGAAAUGCGUUGCCCCAUCCUCCAUAAACCAGCAGGUGUAACAAUUCUUCCUCCCAGAUGUGGUCUGGAGCCUGCUGUUUCUGGGACUGUGUGCCAGCUGAGCUGUCCCCAAGGAUUCAUCUUGUCUGGAGCUAGAGAAGAGCUAAGGUGUAUUCCAUUUGGGAGAUGGAGUGCAAACAUCCAGGAGGCUCUGUGUAAAGAUAUUGAAGCUCCUCGGAUCCACUGUCCGGAAAAUAUUGAGACUGAGACUCUGGAACAUCAUAACUCUGCUAACAUCAGCUGGCAGGUACCAACAGCUGAAGAUAACUCUGGAGAUGAGGUCUCAGUUCACGUUACCCCAGCUUUCAUACCACCGUUUCUUCUCCCAAUUGGCGAAGUUGCCAUUACUUACACAGCAGCUGAUAAGUCGGGAAAUGAAGCAAGCUGUACAUUCAGUGUCAAGGUUAUUGAUGCAGAACCUCCUGUAAUUGACAGAUGCAGAUCUCCACCACCCAUGCAAGCAGUAGAGAAUGAGUACCCCGCAACAUGGGAAGAACCACAAUUUUCAGACAAUUCAGGUGCUCCACUGACUGUCAUGAGGAGUCAUGCACCUGGAGAUCUCUUUCCCAAAGGAGAGACAACAGUUCAAUACACAGCUGUGGAUCCCUCUGGCAAUAACAGGACAUGUGAGAUCCACAUUGUCAUCAAAGGUUCUCCCUGUGAAAUCUCCUUUGAGCCUGUAAAUGGUGAUUUUACAUGCACAUCAGAUGAAGCAGGAGUUAAUUGCACAUUGCACUGUGCAGAGGGUUAUAGCUUUUCAGAAGGAUCAAGUGAAAACUACUAUUGUGCAUAUGAGGAUGGUGUCUGGAAGCCACCUUAUUCUCCAGAGUGGCCUGGCUGCUCUUUAAAUCGUUUCGCAAACCAUGGGUUCAAAUCCUUUGAGAUGCUCUACAAAGCAACACGAUGUGAUGACAACAAUCUUCUAAAUAGUUUUACUGAUGCAUUCCAGAGCGCGCUUGGUAAAAUGGUCCCAUCAUUCUGUAAUGAUGUUGAUGAUAUUGACUGCAGAUUGGAAGAUCAGACACAGAAACAUUGCUUGGAAUAUAAUUACGAUUAUGAAAAUGGAUUUGCCAUUGGACCUGCUGGCUGGGGGGCAGCAAACCAGCUGGAGUAUUCCUAUGAUGAUUUUGUUGAUGCAGCACAAGAAGUCGACUUAUCCAAGCAUUUCUCUGCCUCUGUAAAGGCAGGCCCUGCUCGAGUCAAAAGGCAUAAGCUGAAUGUUCCAAUGACUGACCACAAAAUCAAGUUAAUAUUUAACAUCACAGCUAGCGUGCCACUGCCUGAUGAAAGGAAUGAUACACUGGAACUGGAAAACCAGCGACGGCUCCUCAGAACUCUGGAAACAAUCACAAACAGGCUGAAUAGGACUCUCAAUAAGGAACCCAUGUAUUCUUUUCAGUUUGCAUCUGAACUCAUUGUAGCUGACAGCAACUCACUGGAGACUGAGAAGGCCUUUCUUUUCUGCAGACCAGGUUCUGUGCUGAGGGGCAGAAUGUGUGUCAACUGCCCUUUGGGUACCUAUUAUUCCCUGGAGCAUCGUACCUGUGAAAGCUGCUGGACUGGAUCCUACCAAGAUGAGGAAGGGCAGCUGGAAUGCAAAAGUUGUCCAUCUGGUAGCUAUACUGAAUAUCUACACUCUAGGAGCAUCUCUGAAUGUAAAGCUCAGUGCAAACAGGGAACGUAUUCAUCUAAUGGUCUUGAGACCUGUGAAACAUGUCCACUUGGCACAUAUCAGCCAGCAUUUGGAUCCAGGAAUUGCAUUUCUUGCCCAAAAAAUACAUCAACAGUAAAAACAGGCGCAGUGGAUGUCUCAGCUUGUGGAGUACCAUGUCUUGCAGGCGAGUUUUCUCGUACAGGUUUGACACCUUGCUACCCUUGUCCCAGAGACUACUAUCAGCCAGACCCAGGAAGGUCCUACUGCUUGUCUUGUCCCUUUUAUGGAACAACAACUGUCAUUGGUGCCAGAUCCAUCACAGAUUGUUCAAGUUUUGGCUCUACUUUUUCAGCAGCUGAGGAAAGUGUAAUGAUGGUACCAGCCUCUCCAGAAAAUAUCAGCAAACAGUACAAAGUCAGCAGUCAGGUCUUUCAUGAGUGUUUCCUGGAACCAUGCCACAACAAUGGGACGUGCAAACAGUUGGGAAGUGGAUAUAUUUGCAUAUGCCCACUUGGAUACACAGGAUUGAAAUGUGAAGCAGAAGUUGAUGAGUGUAAAUCAUCUCCUUGUCAAAACAAUGGAAUGUGUAAAGAUGGCAUUGGGACCUUUGUUUGUCAUUGUCAACCAGGCUAUUCAGGUCUCUUGUGUGAGGAAGACAUAAAUGAAUGUAGCUCCAGUCCCUGUUUGAAUGGAGCCCACUGUGUUGAUGACAAGAACAGUUACCGCUGCACUUGUGCAAAAGGGUUCACAGGUGCUCACUGUGAAUCGGAGGUCAAUGAAUGCCUUUCAAACCCGUGUCUUAAUAGGGCUAUUUGUGAAGAUCGAGUUGGUGGUUUCUCCUGCAAGUGCCUCCCAGGUUUCACUGGUGUCUUGUGUGAAAAAAACAUCGAUGAAUGUCUCAGCAGACCGUGUAGGAAUGGAGCUACGUGCAGAGAUGGUAUCAACGGCUUCAGGUGUCUGUGUGUGACAGGGUACACAGGACUAAACUGUCAAGUGAACAUCAAUGACUGUGACUCCAGUCCCUGCUUAAACCAAGCCACCUGUGUGGAUGCCUUGAACUCGUACGUUUGUAAAUGUCCUCCUGGCUUUACAGGCAGCAGGUGUGAAACAGAACAGUCUUCUGGCUUCAAUCUUGAUUUUGAAGUCUCUGGUAUCUAUGGGUACGUCAUGCUUGAUGGUGUUUUCCCAUCUCUUGGUGACAUCACCUGUGCGUUCUGGAUGAAAUCCACUGACACCACAAACUAUGGGACUCCCAUUUCUUAUGCAGUGGAGAAUGGAAGUGAUAAUGCAUUUCUUCUGACUGAUUACAAUGGCUGGGUUCUUUAUGUGAAUGGGAAAGAGAAGAUCACAGACUGUCCUUCAGUGAACGAUGGUAACUGGCAUCACAUUGCGGUCACGUGGACAUGCACAGAUGGGGCAUGGAAAGUGUACAUUGAUGGAAAACUGUCUGAUGGAGGCAGCGGGCUCUCUGUUGGCUCAAAAAUCCCUGGUGGUGGUGCACUUGUACUGGGUCAAGAGCAAGAUCAGAAAGGAGAGGGAUUCAACCCAGCUGAGUCUUUCGUGGGCUCCAUCAGCCAGCUCAACAUUUGGGACCACGUCCUGUCUCCACAGCAG